AUGGACGCAAUAAAUGAAUCAACAUUGAUGAGCCGCGCUGCCCCAAAUGCACCGAAGGGUAUAAGUGUCCUCAAUAAGAGCGUGCAUGAGUCCAUGCAUUUCCCACCUGCAUGGGUUUCUCUUUCGGUUGGCCACUUGGAUGAUGCCUACUCCCUGAGCAGCAAAAACAACGAUGUUCUGUGUUUGGCAGCCUCCCUUGUGAUGCGAGGGGACACAGAGAGAGCACUAAAGAUGAUGGAAGCGCUUAUAAUCUCCAGUUGUGUCGUAGUCCACGAACGCCUAAAGGGGCUGCUGUCUGAUGAUUGCUCCUCCUUGAAACGGAUGAGCCAAGUCUUGUUAAGCCAUGUGCGUGGUAGAGCCGCACUCGCAGCAGCACUGGGUGCGAGCAUUGAUCCUACCAGUGAAGAGUGUCAGCAAGCUGCCAUGGGCGCAUGCGAGAUUGUGGAUUGGGAUGUUAUCCACAGGUGGUUUAUCAUUGCUCUCCUCCUGCACGAUGGGGAUUAUAAAGCAUCGGACAUUGUGUGGUUUCAUCACUUUUUCGCGCUACCCCCCAUGACGACCCUCGAUGGGAGCCCGAAAUCGGCCACCUCAGCUAGGAAGCGGGAUGCCGAUACGUUGUCGGCCGGUUUUCUUGGUGAAGGUCCAACUGCUAUGUGGGCCCCUAUGGAUGCAUCCCAAAUGAAGGACAUACUACUAUCCCACUGUGGCAAGGAUGAGGUGCUUCUCAUUUCCACCAUAUGCGCGUGGAAGACGCGACGCUAUCGAAGUGUAACCACUAGCGCGACUGAGUUUUUGGCCCUGGCAGGUGGGGACCAGGUGAUUCUGGAUGACUACAUGAGCAUAAUGGUGCGCUUCGUUCUUUGUAUGAGUCUAAUCGAGCUUGGAGAGCGCACGCUUGCUGGCAAGGAGGUGGCCAUACUGAUGCAACACAAGGAACCGUUUGUAGCGAUGGUUGGUUGCAGCAUUGCUACUUUUCUUCUACCGCUUCCGGAGUGUGUCGGGCGCAUCACCUCAUUUAACGGGCCAAUUCCGCGGCGGAGGUAUUUGAUUGCUUUGUGUGAAUACAUUCAUGCCCUUACCCUUUUGCAGCUAGGUUCGAUGGAAGCUGCAAUACGGGUCAUCAGGGAGGCACUUCCUUAUUCGUCUUCGCACAAUGUAGGUGAAUGGCUCUUGGACAUUCUUUGCAUCGCCUGUACGGCCAUAGAAGACUCCAAAACGAUAAGUGAGUGGCCCGUUUCCGUCCACCGGCAGCUGUACCUUGCACUGGCCCCCGCCUUUUUCGGUGGGUUUAACAUGCACGAGCUGAAGGUGAACAUGAAGUCGCCCCUAGGGCGAAUGGUAUACCCGCGGCGGACCGCCUUAUGCGCUUCCAUUAAGCAGAUGCUUCCCGUGUACAUGGUGCGGGCCAACCAAAAAUUCGCUAAGGGAGAGUACGUUGAAGCAUGGGAAAACGUGACGCUGGCGGUGGCUUGCGCAGAGGAGAUUAUCGGGUCUGUUGAGUUCGCCUUCACUGAUUGCUCGCCCAUGCUUGUGUACGCAUUUGGUUGCCGUGUUGGUGAGCAUGUGAUCGGUGAACUAAUGUCUUCGUCGACAUCUGAAGAAUUUUCAACAUGUUCCGUUGCAGGUGAUACCGCUGCCCUCGUUCAAAAAAGUGAUAUGCUGGGGGAAAGUGUGAUACAAUUAUGCUUGCAGUGGGCCCGGCGGAUACGGGAGUUUCACCCCAACGCUCGUUUGGGGGCUUUGACGAUGUCUAAAUGCACCACUUUUGCCCACACUGACAACUUCUUGAGCCGUGCAAUGGAUGUGGCUCACCGUUAUCCAGGAAGCGCACUUGCGCAGAACUGUCUUACGCUUGCACUUUACGGUAAUCACAACAUUCCGGAGGCAGCUGACAGCGCGGCCAAUGCACUUCAAACGUUCCCACACACAGUGGAGGUGAAGGCACUUUACGGUUAUAUGCUGAAAAAGGACGGUCUAUACUAUUAUAACUAUCGUGGCCUUAUUCCCGUUCAUUGUUCCCCGUGCAACGAUUAUAAGUGGGCGAAACGUAACAUCACCACACUCAUACUACUUCUAAUCAACGUUGUCGUUAUAUUGGUGACGCUGUCGUUGAACUUGCCGAAUGUGUUCUCGCUGUCGGAAACUGCAAGAGAAAUAGCCGUUAGGGUGCAACUUCCUACUCUGAUUCCCAUCAGCUACACGCUCGUGGUGUUUACCUACGCAAUCACGGCGAGCUUUACGAAGAACAAUCUUACACACACGAUACUGCAGGACCUCUUUUUUGACAAUGGGCCGCUGAACCGUUUUGUCUUCGCUAUGCGUGGGAUUGCCUUCGUGAACGCAAGCAAUGCGCUGUUGAUAACUAUCGCGGGUAACAAUUUCCUAUUUACCUCGCAUUGGUACACCUUUUUGUUCUACCUCGUAUUAUUCAUCGUGUUCGUCCCCUUUACUUCACACCUAUGGCUUCUUCCUUCUUCGGAUCAGCCCAGGGAGGCGAUGUGGACAUGGCUUGCAUUGGUUUCUAUCGACGUUGCUGCUACUGCUUUUCUGCUGGUGCCACAUGUCAUAUUAUUCGUCAUCGAGCCGCUUAUGUUCGCCUUGUUCUUCCUGCAGGGGAGCACCUAUCGACCCACCCAAGACAACGUGAGCGGAAACGUAAAGAAAAGGUUGGUGAUCCACACAGCGUACCGUAACGUGAUGCCAUCGCGUUAUGCAGUGACUACUGGGUCGGGGUUUAUUCAUUUGUCUUUGUUGAAGCUUCUGUUUUACAAGACGCACUCGUCGUUAUCGACUAAGUACCUGAUUCGUGCACAGACAGAUGAAGAGAACUACCGAGUGUUUCCGUUAAUUGAGGUAUUCGAGCCGAUCUCCCCUGCACCAAUCGAACUGGACGAAGGGACGAAAUACAUGUUGAAGUCGUAUCUGCACUACCCUGGCGCUGCUACCACGAAGGUCGAACGAAAAGACGGUACAGCCGAAGGCGGCCAGCAAGGCUUGGAGUCUGACAGUUCUGAAGAGGAGGGCUACGAUGACCCCGACUGGGGUGAUCAAGCUCCGCUCACACGUUCAUUUGCGGGUGGGAACACUGGCGGUGAAUCGCCUGCUGUUGGGGAGGUGAUAGAUCAGGAGGCGUUGAACAGCUUUUUAAACGUUGGUGUGACUGUACUCUCGGAGUUCGGUAAGCGGCAGGGCAAAAGAAAAUCUAACCACGAUAUGCCUGAUAAUCCUGUUGAACUGAGUGAUAUUCGUUCUCAGCGGAGAGACUCGGUGCCAGGGGGAGAGAGACGAAGUAGAAGACCAUCCGCAGUAUUCAGGCAAGGAUUCUCGAGUCCGCGCGAUGGCUGUGGAGACGGAAGGCCUAACCGAUCCAAAUCGGAGAGAAGAGCUUCUUUUGCGUUUGGAGAUUCCUGCGCUGCGAGUCCGAGAGGUGCUGACAAACACAACCGGGGUACCGCCGACGAUGAAAAUCGUUACCUUGGGGGUGACUGUUCGGUUGCGGGAUCCGGAGGCGCAUCUGCAGCGCAGACGAAAUAUUCAAGUGGAAACACGACUUCUACGUUCCGUGACCCUGUUGUUGCGUCCUCCAGCAGCAUUGGAUCAUCGAAGUGCACUUCAGUUGCCACUGGGGAUGCUAAAGGAGGUAACCUUACGGAGAAACCAUCAGCACUGCCCAAGUCCAAGGAUAAGCGGGACAAGAAAUCCAAGGGAAACGCAUCUGAUGCUCCUCCAGAGGAGCUUCAACUAAAAAAAUCACUGGAACAACUUUGUGAGGUUUGCCGCUCCGUGUCCUUUACCAGUUUGAGUGUUUCAGACAAGAAAAAUCUGGAGGGAGCGAAGACAAAUGUGCAUCAAAGUCUGUCGUCUCUGUGCAAGGGGGUGGAAGUUGGACCAAUUCGCCUCAAGAGCGAAGGUUGCUGCGAGGCGGUUUGCGAUGCGUUAUUCCAUUUAAUAGCGGAGGGUGAUGUGACAAAUCCCCUUGAGGGGGUGAGGGGCCCUCUGGCAGAAACCCUGCUGCAACGCGUGGAGCUUUCUUGCCUCGCAAACCUUUUAGUGGCAAAGGAGAUCCCCCUUCAGUGUGUAUUGCAUGGCCGGACGAACAUCUUGAAUAUUGUUAUGGUUCCGAGUUGCGUGGAGGGGAUGUGUGCCGACAGGUGGUCAACAAUACUAACCGCCCUGCAAACGGACGCCCGUCGGGAGCGUGUCGAGUCCUUGCGGCUUUUAUUUAAAGGUUUGAAGUACAUGAAGGGGAAAGACUGUUUGCAGUCAAUUAAACCGAUGCUGCAGACGGCUGUCACUGCCGUACUGAUAGCUGAGUCGGCGCAUGUAGCAGGCGAAAAGCUCUUUGCUCUUUUGGAGACAAUUAAAAAAGAGGGGCGUAUACCUAUUGACUUUUGGGAGGAGGAAGAUUCCCGCAACCGGACGUUGUUCUCGCAUGCGUGUGCAUCGGGGAAUGCAGAGCUUGUUGAUGCGCUAUGGUGCACCGGAUUUGUGAAGUGUCCGAAUAAGGUCCAAGGUGAUGGAACCAACGGGUUAAUGCAGGCGGUUAUUAACAAUCAACGGCGUGUUGUACAGUGGUUCUGUGACCAUGCGAUGGAUUCAACCGACAAAAGUUUUCAGCACGUACAUCCCGUAUAUGGUGAUGCCUUAAACAUUGCUAAGGAGGUCGAUGCCGACCUCCACGCCCUGAUUGAGGCUAAAGUAGAGGAAUUGAAGACAUACCAAUGGGCCUCAACCACGCAAAAACGUUAG